AUGGAGUUACCGGCGCUGCUCUGCGCGCUGUGGGCGCUGCUCCUGAGCGCUGGCGGCGGCGGGGACGCGGCGCCCACGGAAAUUCAGCCACCAGUGACGAAUUUGAGUGUUUCAGUUGAAAACCUCUGCACAGUGAUAUGGACAUGGAAUCCUCCAGAGGGAGCCAGCCCGAAUUGUAGUCUGUGGUAUUUUAGUCAUUUUGGCAACAAGCAGGAUAAGGAAAUUGCUCCAGAAACUCGUCGUUCAAAAGAAGUGCCCCUGAAUGAGAGGAUUUGUCUGCAAGUGGGGUCCCAGUGUAGCGCCAAUGAAAGUGACAAUCCUAGCAUUUUGGUGGAAAAGUGCAUCUCACCCCCUGAAGGCGAUCCUGAGUCGGCUGUGACUGAGCUACAAUGUGUUUGGCACAACCUGAGCUACAUGAAGUGCACUUGGCUCCCAGGAAGGAACACAAGUCCUGACACUAACUAUACUCUCUACUACUGGCACAGCAGCCUGGGAAAAAUUCGUCAAUGUGAAAACAUCUAUAGAGAAAGUCAACACAUUACUUGUUCUUUUAUUCUGACUACUAAAAUAAAGGAUCCCAGUUUCGACCAAGACAAUGUUCAGGUGAUGGUCAAGGAUAAUGCAGGAAAAAUUAGACCAUCCUUUCAUAUAGUGCCUUUAACUUCUCAUGUGCAACCUGAUCCUCCACAUAUUAAAAGGCUCUUCUUUCAACAUGGUGACUUAUACGUGGUAGGGAAGAAUCCACAGCCUUUUUCUAGCGCUUGUUUAUCUUAUCAAGUAAAAGUCAAUAACAGCCAAACUGAGACGCAUUUUAGUUUAACCGUUGAUGAAUCCAUAUGUAAUCAUUCAGAGUUUGAGGGAAACCCGGAGGAUGGUACAAUUUGUUUCCGGAUCCCUGGUGUUCUUCAUGAUACUUUGAACACAGUCAGAAUGAGAGUAAAAACAAAUAAGAUUUGCUAUGCGGAUGACAAACUGUGGAGUAAUUGGAGUCCAGCGAUGACUAUAGGUAAGAAGACCAAUCCAACACUCUAUAUCACCAUGUUACUCAUAAUUCCAAUCAUUGUUGCAGGUGCAAUCAUAGUCCUUCUGCUUUAUCUAAAAAGGCUCAAGAUCAUUAUAUUCCCUCCAAUUCCUGAUCCUGGCAAGAUUUUUAAAGAAAUGUUUGGAGACCAAAAUGAUGACACUCUGCACUGGAAGAAGUAUGAUAUCUAUGAGAAGCAAACCAAAGAAGAAACCGAUUCUGUCGUGCUGAUAGAAAACCUGAAGAGAACCUCUCAGUGA